GAAUCCUCUCCCUGCUACCUGCUGACUGUAAGGAUCAUCCGAAUGAGAAAUCUCCAGCGAGUGGAUACCUUAAGCCAGGCUGAUUGCUAUGUGUCGUUGUGGUUGCCUACGGCAGCAGUCGAAAAGUGCCGCACCAAAACAAUAAGAAACUCCAACGACCCAGUGUGGAAUGAAACCUUCUACUUCAGAAUCCAGAGUAAAGUCAAGAAUGUGCUGGAGCUGACAGUGUACGAUGAGGAUUUUGCUACACCAGACGACCAUCUCCUCUGUGCACUCUUUGAUACUGCUAAACUUCCAAUUGAUGAAACAGUGCUCCUAUAUUUCAAGCCCAGCUCAACGGCCAAGGAGGAGCUAGAGGUUGAAUUCAAACUGGAGACCUUGUCUGGUCCUUAUGAAAACAUUGCUACAAAUGGAGUCUUAGUGUGUCGUGAACUUUGUUGCUUGGAAGUGGAAGUGAAUGAGAAGCAGCAGAAAAAGUCAAAGAAAGAGCUUUCCCUUACCGUGAAAGGUUCCUUUGAAGGGACGCAGGAUAUCACGCUAGGCCCUGAUGGAGUGGUCAGCCCAUCAGGUCCCACCAAGUUCCACUAUAUCAAGUAUGCUGAGCCAACGUUGGAUGUCAUGUUGCCAAAGAAGAGGCGCUACCACCCUUGGACCUGCAGGUUCAGUACAGAAACGGGGUCCCCAGUGCUGAUGCUGAAUUCACUGCCUAUGGGAAUGAAAACAACAAUUGCAGAGGAGAAAAGAUUUGAUUUGAAUGUGAAAGCAGAAAGAUGUAACUGUUCAUGCCACCAAGACCUGGACAUGCGCUUUGGGUUUGACUUAUGUUCGGAUGAGAGGGCUUUCCUGGGCAAAAGGAAGAAGUAUGUAGCAAGUGCCCUGAAAAAUGUUUUUCACCUACAAGAGGAUCUACAGGAUCACGAAGUCCCUGUUGUGGCUAUCAUCACGACAGGUGGUGGACUAAAGUCAAUGACAGGACUAUAUGGCAGCCUCAUGGGACUCAAGAAAUUAAAUCUCCUGGAUUGUGUAACCUACAUCAGUGGGCUGUCUGGCACUACAUGGACCAUGGCCAACUUAUACAGGGAUGCCUACUGGUCACAGAAGGACCUUGACUCACAUAUUAGUGAAGCCCAGAAACAAGCAACCAAAUGCAAGAUGGGCUGCUUCUCUAUGGAUCGCAUGAAGUAUUACAAUAAGCAGCUAUGUCAGCGGAAAGAAGAGGGAUACAGGACAUCAUUUAUUGAUCUUUGGGGGCUUAUGAUUGAGUACUUACUAAACGAUGGGAAAGACCCCCACAAACUUUCAGAUCAGCGAGAAGCGCUGUGUGAUGGCCAGAACCCGCUGCCCAUCUAUGUGUCAGUCUGCGUCCGGGACAACUACAGCACUCAGGAUUUCAAAGAGUGGGUGGAGUUCACCCCCUACGAGGUGGGGCUGCUGAAGUAUGGUGCAUUCAUCCCUGCGGAGAAUUUUGGAAGCAAGUUCUUCAUGGGACGCAUGUUAAAAAAACUGCCCGAAUCCCGGAUCUGCUACCUGCAAGGUAUGUGGAGCAGUAUUUUUUCUGUGAACCUGUUACAAAUCUGGGGACUGUCUCACAGUUCAGAGGAUUUCUGGAAGAGAUGGACUCAAGACAAAAUAGAUGAAGUUGAUGAAGACCCACUGUUGCCUACAAGGCCCCAUGAGCUAAGGACUCGCAUGUACACUCCUCCUGGCACCCUAUCCAGUGCUCUUCGGGGUGCUUUAACUGACCGCUUCUCAGUUGCCCAGCAUCACAAUUUCCUGAGGGGUUAUCAGCUGCAUAAUAACUACUUUGAAAAUGAGCACUUCUGUCAAUGGAAAGACACUGUGUUAGACUCACGUCCCAAUGAGCUGAUGCAAAAUCCUGAUCACCUGGGCAUGAUAGAUGCUGGAUUUUUCAUCAAUACUAGCAGUCCACCGCUUUUAAGGCGACAGAGGGAAGUAGAUGUCAUCAUAUAUUUAAGUUAUACUACUGGCUCCCAUACAUCGUCUCUAGAUAAGGCGUGCAAAUAUUACUCGGAGCAGAAAAUCCCAUUCCCCAAAAUUUCUUUGAGUGAUGAAGAUAAGAAAAACCUGAAGGAGUGCUACAUCUUCCAAGAUUCAGAUUCGCCAGGAUGUCCUAUUGUGAUUUUUCUUCCACUUGUGAAUGAUACCUUCCAAGAGUACAAAGCACCAGGCGUGAAGCGCUGUUGCUCAGAGAUGGAGGAAGGACAACUGGAUCUGACCAGUCGCUGUUCCCCUUACUGCAUGUUCGCGGUCAGGUAUACUGAUGAGAAUUACCGCCGGCUGCUGAACCUUAGUGAAUACAAUAUCCUGAAUAACUCACAGAUGAUUAUGCAGGCCUUGCAAGCAGCAAUGCAAAGGAGGAGACAAAACUCGUGCUGUUAAUUAUCCAGCUGCCUGUGUCUUCUUGGCGAAGUUUUUUCAUGCUCUAGCACACAGGAGGAACACAGCUUUUUGAACACUGACUGUUCUGCACUACAUAAAGAAACUGCCCCAUGUGGCUCAUUGGGGCUUUUUUAUUGUCGUGAAGUGGCUUCUUUAGGCAAGGACAUUGCCUGGGAGAUCUUUACGUAUGCUUUGUUCCGUAAAGUAAGGUUGUCUGUAGAACACUCUUUACCUAAAAUUCUUGUUAGAUUGUCAGAAAUAGUCUUAUUUUAAGCCUAAUUUAUUUUAUGACAUAUAAGAAAAACAUUUUCUAACACCAAAGUGCUACAGUAAUACAACCUAGAUAACACGCUGACAGGCCACAGGAAAGGGAUAUGAAUAUGAAUGUCUCCUCCCUACAAUUUCUCUAUGUGGAAGACAACAUGUAUCAAACAUGGAAAAUGAAGAAAAUCCCAAGACCCAGUUGCAAUCUGGCAUCAGAUCCCCGAGUCAGCUCUGUUUUGCAAGUAUUUUGAAGAGCAGCUAGAGGUUGGAAAGGUAACAAGGACAAGUGUGUGCACACAGCCAGCCCUGUGAAUCAUGUCCAUCUCCCAAGGAAUCUUUUACUGUGAAUGCAUCACAUAUAGAUCAGAAGGAACAACCUAGGAGGAAGCAGCAUAUGAUUUUUCCAGUGUUGGUUGUUGUUUUUCGUUUUUCCCAGCAAGAGCAAAAGGACUAAUUUGGCCACAUCACAAUUUCCUCUGAAUUUCUGUCAAUUUUUAUUGUUUGUGUUGAAAUAAAAAAAAAUCAAGAUCUUAUUUUGAAUCUUUAAAAACAAUAAUAAAAAAACACUGGGAAAAUUUUCCCAAUUGAUUUA